AUGGAGGUGCUCGGGCGGCCCAAGAACAAGGGCGCAACGCGGGCGGGGAUCCGCCUCUCCUCUUUGUAUCAAGGAUAUCUUGCUAUAACAAUUCUUCGUGUUGGAGCAGAGGGGAUCCAUAUGACUGUAGAUGGGAAACAUGUCACUUCCUAUGCAUUUCGAGAGGAUUUGGAGCCUGGGUUUGUUGGUGAAGUAAGGAUUGAAGGAGAUAUUAAAUUGUUGUCUGUGCUAGCAAGUGGCUUGGCUACAACACAGGACUUUGAGCAUGUCACUGACUUGGAAAUAUUGAAGGCUCCACCUGUCCCUACGGAUAAAUCCAUUGAUAUUUUUAUUGGGAUAUUCUCUACAGAAAAUAAUUUUAAACGCAGAAUGGUGGUUCGAAGAACCUGGAUGCAGUACGAUGAUGUCUGCUCAGGAAAAGUUGCAGUUCGGUUCUUUGUUGGCCUGCAUAAAAAUGAGGUGGUGAACGAGGAGCUCUGGAACGAAGGACGGACAUAUGGAGACAUCCAAUUGAUGCCAUUUGUUGAUUAUUACAGCUUGAUUCUUUGGAAGACCAUUGCUAUUUGCAUAUAUGGGACAAAUGUGCUUUCAGCCAAGUAUGUUAUGAAAACCGAUGAUGAUGCUUUUGUUCGUGUAGAUGAGAUACUUUUGUCCCUGCGUCAAGUAAAUAUCAGCCAUGGGCUGCUGUAUGGCCGCGUCAAUUCUGAUUCUCAGCCUCAUCGAGAUCCGUACAACAAGUGGUACAUAACUUCAGAGGAAUGGCGUGAAGAGAGCUAUUCCCCAUGGGCACAUGGACUAGGAUACAUUGUAUCUCAGGAUAUAGCAAAAGAAAUUUACACAAAACACAAAAGAGGGGAGCUAAAGGUGUUCAAGCUGGAGGAUGUGGCGAUGGGAAUAUGGAUCAAUGAGAUGAAGAAGGAAGGCUUCGAUGUCACAUACCAGAACGAUGGAAGGAUCUUGGUGGAAGGCUGUGAGGAUGGGUAUGUGGUUGCCCACUACCAGGAGCCUAGGCAGAUGAUGUGCCUCUGGGACAAAUUCCAGAAAACAAAGUGAGGAACCUGUUGCAACGAGUAAGAGUAAACGAACUUCUGUAUUUUUCUAAUGGCCACCACUUGCUGACACCUACGAGCUCGAGAACAUCCAUGAAAGAGGAGCCAGAGAGCUUCUCGCUGAUGGUUUCUCAUUACAAUUGUCAGGCCACAAUAUUUUUCUGACA